AUGUUAUUGAAAAUGUUCAAACACUUCUCUGUUGAAGAUUUGUCCAUAAUUCCAUUAUUGUUAGAAGAAGAAGAUAAAACUAAAAAAAGAGCAAAACGCAUGGCUGUACAUCCUAUGCUUAAGAAAAGAAAAUUAGAAGGAGAAUACUGGACACUCUUUAAAGAACUUGUUGACGAUGAAAAAGAAAAAUUUCAUAUAUUUUCGUAUGAGCCGAUACCAGUU